AUGGAGCCCACCACCAGUCCUGCCACUUCCUCGCCUUCGCACCAAUCGCGUUCUACGCCCGGAAGCCACCGCCGCGCACUUACCGUCGACCUCAUGGAGCUGCUGGACACCAACGAGACUGAGGAUAAGGGUUGGGCGGCGGCGAAAGGGGAGACGGCGGCGUACGCGGCCUUUGACCCGCAGAGGCUUUGGCGAGCCCCCAACGGCGAGGUUGACGGGGAGGCGGGGACUCACGAGGACUUUCACGGCGUGAUGAUUGUAUUCGUCGACGGCCCUCCUGGCGGUGACACGGGACUCGCAAGCGUUGACAGCGACGCCAGUUUUAACGGCCCCGUUCUGCGGUUUCUCCUCUCGCGCACUGACUUUUUGAAGCACCUGCAGUCUUCUCCGGUACCGCGAUGCUCUCCAGCCUACAACCACAACGAGGAGGAGGAGGAAGCGCGAGGGCGUGAUGGAGUUGGGUCAGUGCUGUUGUUCACGGAUGUCAAGGUAGAGGGGAUAGAGGAUGAUCGGACGCUGUCCGUAGUGUAUGUACAACUGACAAAGGAGUGGCGACAGGCGGUGGAUCGUGUGGCGGUGCAACGACGCGCUGCGCAGGUUAUCGAUGCCGCACAGUCGCUUUCCCCAAAUGCAUCACAGGCAACUUUUUGGGUGGAUUUUACAGGCAUCCUUGACACUAAGGGUUCCUCACAUCCACAUGAGGUCCGUGAUGCAUGGUGGGACCUUGCGGUUACUUCCGCCUCUACUCUGUCAGCCCCCAGAGUGACGGUGCUUGUGGACCCUGCCGUCGUACCAGGGCUGCUUCAGGAGGCUUCAAAGGCGGGGAGGGAGGCCGUGCACCAUGUGACCGCGGAGACGAAUCUCAGUGGCUUGGCAGAGCCCCUCUGGACGUUGUGCGGGAGGCAUGCAUUUGAGAACCUUCAGACCGUGAACAAUGGGAGUGAAGAGAGUCAUGUGAGUCCUGCCAAGCCACUUGUAUUUGAACAUGACAACGAAGACGACAAGAAGAGUGACGACGAUGAUGGUGAGGGUGAUGGAGAUGAGGAUGAAUUGAUUUGGAAGAAAUACAUGCACGUGGCGAUGAAGGAUAUGAAUGACAGAACUGCGAGGGCUGCUCCUUUUGGCCCUCCCGUGGGCGAGGAGGCCGGCAGUGAGGAGAACGAGUUGCUUUGGAAAAAAUGCAUGCAUGUGGUGGAGGUGGACGCGGAGGACGGCUUGGUUGCGGCGUCGCACGGCUGCUCUUGUCUGUUUCUUGAGUGCACCGGUGACUCUUACGCGUCCUCCCUUGGCGAUAAUGCAUCCAUACGAGAGCUGCUUGUGUCGUGGUCCUCCCUCGGCCUUCCACACUCGCCGCGCACAGUUGUCGUCAUUGCUGACGACAACCAGCUUGAGAAUACGCUGCUGUCAUGGGUGCGAGUCCCAUGGUGCCAAAAUGCUCUGAUCCUUUCUGUGUUUGGCGUGAGUGAGCUUGUCACUCACCAUGACUCCCAGCAAGAUGUGGUGUUGCCUCCACUGCUAGUAGCUGCUUCACUGACGAUGACUUCUGAGGACGCAUUCGCCUCCGGGAUGUUUUUUCGGAUUCUCACGUUUGCCGUUCAGUACUUUGGCAUUGACGUUUGCCGCAGCGCCUGUCUCACACUGACGAGGCCUUUUCUGCGGGCGGCGGAGUCGCUGGGAUUUCAGGUUGUGGGGGAUUACACUCGUGUCUGCGCUUGGGCCCUGCAAUCGCGCGCUGAGGUCGCUGCGGCGCAGGGUUUGUUGGACGUCGACAGGGAGCGGGAACGUCUCUUCACAGAAUUAUGUGCCACCAAUGCGCUGGCGCGGGCCUUGCGUGGGAGUCCGCGCAGACCAGAAAUUCUGAUCCGCCGUAUGGGUUCCAUGCGUGUAGGGAUAGUGCGCCCCGUCGUGUGUGACGCCGUUGCACUCGCUCCGAGGUGCCCAGCUGGCGCUCGCGAUGAACGUUGGUUCGACGCGGUGCUUCCACUCUCGCCAGAGCAGCGACGUCGGGUGUAUCGUUACAUGGCCGCCUUCUUCACGAAGGACGUCUUUCGCACCGCCGUUGACAUAGUGCAGUCAUGUGCCUCAGACUACUUUUCGGGUUACCACUUCGCCGCCAUCGGGUACUUGCGGUAUGAGAUGUCCAGUUGUGUGCGGCGUCACGUGUUUGCCGAGUUGCAAGUUGACCUGCAUCCACUCCUGGCGGGGGAUCAGUUGGAUGCUGGGGCUGCAGCGGAACCGCACUGGUCAAGAGUCUUCAGGCGUCUCUCCUGCACCUGCACCCCACGACGUCACGAACGACUCCUUCGAACCGAAACCGGCGAGAAGAAAUGUCGUCAUCUGAUGCAGCUGCUGUAUUGGUUUUUGCGGCCGCGUCCGUCUGGCACCACCGCCCCCCCCCCACAACGUCUAAGCUAA